GCAAACACGGGACGGGUCGAUAGCCCGAUAAUGUUAGACACAGUAUUAGAGGAUUUUUUACAAAAACAUUUUUUUAUUCAGUGAAUUCCCGUCAGCUGAGGUCUGCUAACAUCCCCGCGGUCCCUAUGCGCCUCACGGCAUGGCAGAGAGACAGGACAAUGAGGUGGAGGAGGCAGACCAAAUCUACCUGCUGAUGAAGGAGGAGUACCGCAUCUCCAGGAAUGUGCGUCUGGCGUGGUUCCUUGGUAAACUGAACCAAGUCAUCAGGCCAGCCUCAAAGCUUGAACUGCUGAACUCGGGGAAUGAGCUGGACCUGCUCAGCAUCCUGCCUAAAGGAUGGCAGCUGGACCUCCCCCCCUCCACCGGCCCCUACAUGUUGAUGCCGUCGACCCGGGCCACCUUCCUGGCCCGCAGGUACCGCUUCAUCAUCGAGCUGGACCUCAGCCCGUCGACUGGGAUUGUGGACGACAGCACGGGGGAGAUGAUCUUCGACGAGGUUUUCCACGCCUUGUCACGAUGUCUGGCCGGGCUCGCUCGACCCUUCAAAGUGCCCGGCACCGAUCAGCUUUUCCAGCCCAAGAUCUUCAUCACCAUCCUGGCCUACUCCUCAAUCAUCGGGCUCAGUUCUCACCAGGUUCUGGUUCAGGGCUGCCAGCUUGACCGGACCGACCUCGAUCAGUUCCUGCAUCACAUCUACCAGCAGCUCAAAGCCGUGGAGAACAACAUCGCCGAGAUCCUGCAGCAGCAACACGAGCAGUUUGAGGAGCCUGUCCUGAACUCGGGGCCCCGCAGUGCCAACAUGGACGGCCCCCCCCAGAGGAAGCAGGGCGUCACCAUGGUGUCAGCUGACAUGGGACUGGUCAGCAUGGUGCGGCAGGGCAUUCUGGCCCUGCAGCUGCUGCCGCCCAACUCCAGUGCAGGUAUCAUCAUAAUCACAGACGGAGUGACGAGUGUGCCUGAUGUAGCGGUGUGUGAAACUCUCCUCAACCAGCUCAGGAGCGGAACCAUCGCCUGCUCCUUCGUGCAGGUGGGCGGUGCUUACUCCUACGACUGCAGCUUUGGGUACAUCCCCAACGUGGAGCUGAUGAAGUUCAUCUCUCUGGCCACCUUCGGCUCGUACCUGCCCAGCUGCCCCGAGCCGGACCUCGACAGCCAGGAGAUGAACGCCUACCACAAGGCCUUCCUCACCUACUCCUUCCUCAAGACGCCGGAGUCCAUGAACUCCGAGUACUUCUGUGUUUCCCAGCACAAGCUGUUCAACGAGCACCUGGUGUCGGCGAGCGGGAACCCGGCCUUGGUGAUGCGAAGGAAGAAGCACACGGAGAAGGAGGUCCAUGCCCACCUGAUCAGCGUGGUGUCUGUGCGGCUGAGAGAGGGCUACACCAUCAGAGAGAUCAGCCUCACCAAAGGCGGGUCUCAGCUGGAGGUGAAGCUGGUGUUGUUAUGGAAACACAACAUGCACAUCGAGUACCUGGCGGCCGCCUCCUGGCCGCUGGACCCCGCCAAGCGAACCACGAGGGUGGAGGUGACGAUGGAGGGGAGCUACGACAUCCUGCACGACAUCAGCUGCACCCAGAGGAAGCCCAUCACCAGCCCGUACCGCACCUCCGUCAUCCGCCGCUUCUGGAACACCCUGCAGAGUAUAAACCAGACAGAUCAGAUGCUGGUUCACCUCCAGUCCUUCAACUCAAUUCCGGAGAACUACACAAUCCCUGAGAGCACCAAAAACGGGGUUCCUCUCUUCUACAUCCCUCCCGGCUCCACCACUCCGGUGCUGUCUCUGCAGCACAGUGGAUCCAAAGACUCGUCCCAGUCCCAGUUUGCCUCCUACUGGAAGCCGAUCCUCUCUAUGGACGCCAACUUCUGGCAGAGAUGGCUGCACAUGCAUCGCAUCGCCAUCAUCCUGGAGCAUGACAUGCCGGUGCCAAAACACAUUCACACGGCUGGAAACAACGGACGCUUCAGCACCAUCCAGUGUCGGAUCUCCCACUCCGCCCUCACGUCACUGCUGAGGGACUGGAGCAGCUUCGUGCUGGUGGAGGGAUACUCGUACGUUAAGCUCAUAUACAGCUCGUCUGACCAGCCGCCCAGCUCCUUCUACCUGGUCCGUCUGAUCUCCAAAGCCCCCUGCAUGGUGCUGCGUCUGGGCUUCCCUAUCGGCACCCUGGCCCACAUCAGGAACAAGAUUGUGGAUGAGCUACGAGAGCAGAUCCUCAAACUUCGCUUCCCACAUCGCGUUCAAAACAAAGAGGCCACGCCCAAAACCAAGAGGAAGGCCGUCGGCCAUCCCUCGCCCUCCAAGUCGCCCUCGCUCCCUGCUGCCAAGCCGGCCCUGUCAGACAGACCCUGUGUGGUGGUGCUCAACAAACCUCUGGAGAAGCUGCUCAUAAGGUACGAGAAGCUGCCGCUGGACUUCAGGACUCCCUUCAUCCUCAACAUGGAGAACUUUCCUCAGCCGUCCAACAUGGCGGCUCCGCUCAGCGUGGCGGCCAACCGGACGGCCUCGUCCACCCUGGCCUCCCUGUCCCGCUACUUCCUGCACCAGCGCUGGGUUUGGGCGGUGCAGAGCAGCCAGGGUCCCACCGUGCCCAUGCAGGCUGUCGCUCACAUCCUCUCCAUGCUCUCCGAGAUCCGCCUGUCAGAAGGGUUUCAUUUUGCUGCCAGCGGAGAGGGCAUUGUAAACAUGGUGAUAGAGCUGCCAAUGAAGGGCAUCUCAGUGGAUGCGGACAGAGAAAGUCACUCCUGUAUUGUUCAGUACAUUUUGUUCCCUCCUCAUUCUACCUCCACUAAAGACAGUUUCUCCACUGAUGAUGACAACGACACGGAGGUGGAGGCCAUCGAUAUGGACACGGAGCUGAACCUGGUGACCGAGUGUUGGGUGGAACCACAGAGCGGCAUGGUGAUCAACUGCAUGGACCAGCAUCGCCACUUCCAGGGCCUCAAGUACCAGGAGAUCCCUCAGGCAAUCUUCCCCAGGGAUUUGGCCUGCAUGUCCACCAUGAUGACCUUUGAGUACUUGAGCCAGCUGUGUCAGAAUAAAGACCAGGUGUACUCUCCACCUGCCGGGUUCAAGGAUGUGGGAGAUGCAGGAGAAGCCUUGGCCUCAGAGGACAACAUUCACAUGGUUCCUUUUCAGUUCGAUCUCAUCCAGCUGCUCCCAAAGUGCCAGCAGAUUGAACUCUUCUUCCUCACGCUGUGUAGAGUGGAAAAUGAGGAGCAGAUUCAAGGUUCUCCCUGUCUGCCCAACGAGCUCCUGCUCAGCCUCUUCCACGGCAGCCUGGAGCAGGAGCUCAGCGACAGAGAGAUCCCACUGGCGGACAGCGACCAUGUGACCUUCAUGCACCACAUCUUAGAGCGGGAGCGGGACGGCCACGUUGCACCCUUUUCCUUGCCUGUUAUUAAAGAGGAGUGCAUGAAGCCUCCAGACAGGCAGGACACCACCAUGUCGUUCCACACCGUUGGCAGCAGUAAGGAGGUGACAGGCUCCACCAGCACCUUACAGAGUUUCAGUAAUGCAGACCUCGCUGAUGAAGAGCCGUUGCCGGGGGAGAGGAGUUGCUCUACGCCACAGUGGAGGUGCUACGCCAAGUACAUCAAUUCCCAACAGAUCCUCCUAACAUUUCUCCCUGCCACCUUCACAGACGUUCUGAUGUUGAUGGCCUCAGGCCUCGAUACAGAUCCUCAGAGCAAUGUCAGCAUGCAGGAGGACGACACUCUUACUCCCAGCAAUAAGUCGCAGGCUGACUCUCUGUCUGGCUCCACCAGUGGACUGGAGAGGUCCGAGUCUGGCCUCAGUCUGGCCAGCAGGCUGCGGAGGAGCUCCAGCAGCGGACCCCUCCCAGUCCGCUCCCCUGUGCUCUCCCCGCGGUCGGAGGGCCAGAUGGACUGCCUGACGCUGGACCAGGACAGCUGGGACAGCAGGGUGUCUGAGACAGAGACUGGAACCCCAGGCUCAGAACUGGGAGAAAAAGAGGGAGUGCAGUUUUCUGAACCGCAGAAGAAGGAUUUCCACAUCACCUUCAGCAGGCAGGUGUCCCAGCAGAGCACCGGUGAUGGUAGCCAGUUAAGGUGUCCAGUCUACGUUUACAACUGCUCCCUGGACGUUCUGAAGGAGCAGCUCGUCCACCCCAAUUCCAGCCGCCAACCUAGGGACAUCUUCUUCAGACCUCAAGAUGCUGAAGCCUGGGAGAUGUAUCAACAGAUGAAGUUCAGGUCAUUGUCUCAGGACCGCAACAGUCCUUCCUCUUGGACUGACCUCUUGGCUCAGCCUCACAAACACAAGGAGCUCGCCAACUACUGCAGCCUGCUGCAAGAGCAUUACCACCAGAGCUAUGUCAAAGGUGUCUACCGGAGUCUGCAGCAGUCCUAUAGCAUCAGCUCCCAGGAUGUCCUGAUGGCCAUGGACUACUGUGAAGAGUCCCUGCAGGAGAUCGACAUCACCUCCUUCCUGCAGACCCUCUGCGGCCACAUCCGAGUCUUCAGGGAACGCAACGAGACUCCAGGACGGGGAGCGAAUCCAAGGCCUUCGAGGACCCCUGCUACCUUCAUCAUUGGAGAGGCUGAAGAGGAGGGACUGGCUGACAGGGCUGCCAUGGCAUCCUCAUCCAGUAUUGAAAUGGAGGACACCAGUGAAGCUGAAUCCAGAGGAAAGUUCUCCGCUCCUGCAUCUCCACUGAUCCUGGAUGAGCCAAAGAUGGCCAAGAUCCCAGAGUUUCCUCUGUCGCUGCUUCAGUCACAGCAGAACUGCGAAAUGUGUCCAGAUCUGCACAAGAUAAUACAGGAUAAAUUCAUGGAGAUCGGAUCUCAUUAUUUCAAAACUGUGCCCUCCUGUCCGCAUUAUUUCUUCUACUGCCCGCCAUCACAAAAGAAAGAGGAGGACUCUGACGGGGAGGAAGAGAGGAGACACAGUGAAGAGAUGGUGUCAGAAGCUGAGCCAGCUACUGAAGAUGAAAAUGUGUCGGGCUGCAGCAUUGUGAUGGAGAGUGACACUGAUUUGGAGGUGGAGUAUGAGGAGUGUCCUGGCGCCAAGUCCCAGGGAGAUGCUGAGGAGCAGUCGCUUUCAGACUCCAACACUGUCAACCAGGACCAGGAUUCCUUCAGCAUCCUGGAGGGAGACUCCUUGCUGGAGCCAGAGGGACCACAGCUAGAGAUGCCACCGCUGUUUGUUCAUCUCACUUGUUCCGUCAACAUGAAGAGCUCCCAUGGGUCCAUGCCCAUACAGACGCUGCCUACUUGUCUUGGUGAGAUUAUUUCCUGCCUUGAAAACGCCGAAGCCUUACAGUCUGUGGAUCUGAAUGAGCUGUCAGUCACAUUAGAUAUUUUUGUCCUGACGCUGCCUCUGGAGAUUGAAGCCAUGGCCGAAUUCCAUCACAAUAGGUACACUUCAGAGAGCAGUGUGUCACUGAACCGGUCUCCAGGACAGCCCUCCUCCUACCGCUCUGAUGAGGAGCUCAUGGCGGUGUUGGACAGCCUGAGGGGAGCCAACAUCGAUGGCGUCUCUGGGGAUCCUCUGUCCAAACUUCCAGUUCCUCACAAAUUAGCCAUUCUGGCUACAAUGGAUGAGAUCCGCUGGCUGCUGGAAGAUGAGAUUGUUUCUGCCUUGCGUCAUUCUCGGGUCAUCAACUCCUUCACGCUGCAGAAGGUAGCCAACCAUGUGCUGCGCUCCAGCGGUCGGCGGCGUUGUCAUAGUGAGGACGUCCCGCUGCAGUUUGUCUUUGGCCCUGAACAGUCUCUGGAGAAGUUCAAAGAGGAGUUUCGGAGGAUGUCUUUCUCCGGUUAUGUAUUGAACGGGGAAAAGGAAAACUUCUACUACAUGUCCCUGAGUCGACUGCACCCACAGAGGAUUCAGGCCACCAAGAGACUGUCGGAGAGCACGGCAAACCCGACGCAGCAGGCCAGCUCCGGCGCAGUCGGACGACAGGCGGAGGAGGUGACCAGGGCUUUGUCUCACCAAACCACAGCAGGGAAGGUGCUGGAGAGUGAAAUGGAGGCCCGGCUGACGGAGGCAGACAGCGAGGGUGAGGAGAAGAAGUCCAUUAAUGUUGCUGUUGAUGCCGGCGCUGACCCGAUGCCGGAGCCAAGCGAGCCGGUCAGAGCAGCCAGGCCCGAGGCAGAAGACACGGGCUCCCAGAGCUCCGUCAGCACGGCGGGCGACCGAGGCCAGCCCAGCACCCCCCACCUGCAGCCCAGCACCCCCCACCUGCAGCCCAGCACCCCCCACCUCCAGCCCAGCACCCCCCACCUGCAGCCCAGCACGCCCCACCUCCAGCCCAGCACCCCCCACCUGCAGCCCGGCGCCGGCAGCACUGAGCACUGCACGGAGCCCGCCUCGCCUCCUAAAACCCCCUCCACGGUCAGCCUGGCGGAGUCCAUGCAGUCGGCCACCCACAGCAGCGGGAAGCUCAGGCCGAGUCGGGUCCAGAGUGUCGUGUCCAGCCAAGGCAGCCUGGACUCAGAUAUGCUGGGUUACGACGGCGGCAGCAGUGACUCCGAGUGUGAGAGUCCCACGUUGGAUGAGCAGGAGUGCCAGUCGCCGCUGAUGCCAGACUUCUGGUUGAUUGUCAAGAUCCACCAGGACAGAGUGGAGGUCUACUCCCACUCCAGGAGCCUCACUGAAGGAAAAGAGGGCAGUGAUGAAGAGUUGGAGAAGAAGGAGGAAGAGGAGGAGCUGCCUGAGUAUCUGCUGCUGCAUCAGAUGGUGGUGAGGAAGAUCGGGGAGAUCUGCCGGAUAGUCAACCAGCGGAUGCUGCUGCAGGACCUGCAUGACAGCCAUGUGUGUAACUCCCUGCUGGUGGCUGAGAGCGAGGAGGACAUCUGGAAGAACGAGUCUCUCUACAGGCAGAGGCUCAACAACUCGGACGAUUACAACACAGAGGAGAGCUACCAGCCCAGAGACUACCUGGCCGCCACCAUGCAGUUCAUCCCGGGGCAUUUUGCGUGCGACGUGGUGUGGAGCACAAUCAUUCACGUUCACCCUCGCCUCAAGAUUGGACCCAACAUGGGAGUGUCCAGGGCCAUCCAGGCUCUGCGGUUUGUGCUGAAUUCCUUCUGCGUGGUCAACAGGAAAAACAUGUUCGUGUACCAGGAGCGCUCAACCAAAUCAGUCUUCUACCUCAGGCUUUGUGAAACGUCUCAGACAGGGAAGAGCUCUGACGUGGAUGGUAUGCUCCACACGCCUCGAUCUGUCGGGCUCUCCAGGAGUCAGGAGCCCAUUUUCUCAGAGGACCUCACGGGUUCCAGGUCUUCUCUGGAGGGCUCUCGGCCAGUUGGACAAGUGGACAAACACAUCCUCCUCCUGGUGCACGGAGUAGGGAACGCCGGUCCAGAGAUCACAGAUGAGCUGGUCAAGGUGCUGCGUAAGCGUCUGGACGAGACCACGCUGGACAUCAUCACUGUCAUGCUGGUCAGGAACUGCAAACUGACACCCGCUGACGUGGAGUUCAUCCAGCCGUCGGGCUCUCCUGCCACUGAGGUGAUGGAGUUCAGUCUUCCUCAGUACUGCCUCCCCUGGCUGCCCGCUGUGGCUCACUACCUCAAGCAGAACCUGCUCAUCUUCCUGCAUCUGCCCAAGUACACUGACAGCAAUACAGCACACCACUUCAAGCACUACUUCCAUCUAAGCAGUGACUUGCCUGACGGUGAUAUCUACCUCUACAAUAAACCUGGGGGCCAGGGGACGGGAGGAAAAGGUAUUGCUUGUAUCGCCCUGUCGUUUGUGGACGCCCAAGGCUGCCCCCUGCAGGUCCCGGCCCAGGACUGCAGCACAGCGCAGCGGCCAGAGAGCUGCUCCAUCCCCCUGCAGCCAGAACACUUUAAUGAGCUCACAGCCGUGGUGAAGGUGGAUGCCAACGUCAGCUCAGACGCACAACUCCGCGUUCGGUUUGACAUCUGGGAGCAAGGCAACGUCAGCCCGCUGCAGCUCAGCGACAAGCUGCGGGGGGCGCUGCGCCACGCGCUCUGCGACGUCGUCAUGGAGCUGCGGGUCCUGCCCAACCCGCUGUGCGAGAGACGAGACGAGGUGAAAGGACUGCUCAAUCCUUUGCCUGAGGUGAAGGAUGGGAAAGACAGCCCCAGGCAGCGCAGCGGCUCCCGGGUCUUUAAAAGCAGCCCCUCCCCCAUCACCUUGAUCCAGGCUCCGGGGAGCACGCCGGCAACAGGCACCAGCACGCCCGAGUCCACCACGCCCACCGGCAAGAGCACCCGCCGCAGCUUCUGGGAGAUCCUGAGUAAGCCAGAUUCGUCAGAGCUGGGGAGCCCGAAAACGACGGACGACAUCGUGCAGGAGAAAGGGGAGGAGGGCCGAGCGGCGCGGCGGAGACACAAGACGGAGAACGUGAAGCAGCAGUGGAGCCAAGAGAAAGCCAUGGCGGUGGAGCUGGAGCAGGCCCAGAGGCGGCAGGUGUGUCAGCUGGAGGAGGGAAGUGUGGGCACCCUGCACCCGGUCUACCAGGUCACCUGCCAGCCUUGGAUCAUGUUCAUGGCUCAACUUGGAUGCCCGUCCAUUCAGCAGUGCACAGCUGAAAUCGUGUCACACUUCCUGCUGCCUUCCAUCUUGACAGAGAUUGUCAAUUUGGUCAGUUGUCUGGCGAGCGAUACCACAGUGAAGGUGUUUGAAAAGACAAGCUGUCCCCAAACCGGCGUCGUCUUCGUGCCGCUGCCCGUCGUCCAGCACCUGAGCCAGCCCGCCGCCGCCGCCGCCAGGAGCUUCAUUCUCAUUGGGCGGAAUUUCCACCAAUGGCACUGCAGCACGGAGCAAGAAGACAGUUCAGAUGAAGAACACAGCCCUGUGCUAAAUAGGUUCACACCUCAUAAGGGCUUCCAGCGCUUCGAGGCCCUGGAGCAGAGCGACUGGUUCAGCCCCGGACAGGCGCCGGCCGGCUUGGCUCCGCGCCAGAGGUUCCUCCUCAUCACCAUCCUGGACAAAAAGGUGACUCUGUACAGCUACAACUGGUCGGUGGACCUGGGCGCGACGCUGAACCGCGAGCUGGUCCGGCUGGUCAAGUGGCAGAACGCCCGGGCUCACGUGGUCCACUGUCUGCUCAACCAGAAGAUGGGCCUCUUCCAUCACUACUGCUUCUCCGACGCCCCCAUCCACGAAAUAGACCCCAAACAGGAUCCCAACCCCUUCCUCGGCCCCUCCAUGGAGCCCGAUGCCUUGCUGCGCAGCGCGGUCCCUCCGGUGCCCAGCAAAGAGCAGGGGAGGUUAGGUGGCUCCGGCCGAAGCCUGGCUCCUCUCCACUUCCCCUCUGAGCUGCUGCCCUUCGACGAGGCGCUGAGGGACGUCAGCGUCACCCGAGCCCUGGCCGGAGGCCCCGACGGAGGGGACGUGGUGGCACGGCAUGGGGCCCAGCUCCUGGAAGUCAAAGCUGCCGAGCGGAGAGAAAUGGAGAAGCAGAUGAAGAUUGAGAACCUGUUUGUGACUUGGCAGCAGAGGUCAGCGCAGUCCAACAUGCCCAUCUCGGUGGCAGACUUGGACACCCUGAAGCAGUCGUCCAGGCUGGUCCACUACUGUGCCACCCCUCUCCUCUUUGACCCCAUUUUCCGCAAGCAGAUCCAGGAGGAACAGAUCAUCCAGCCUCCAGAGAAGAGACGGCACCGCUCCAACGACUCCACGGCGUCGGGUCGGGACCGGAGCUACAGCACCGACUCGGCCGACAUGCUGCCCAGCCGUCUGAAGGAGGAGGCGUGGCUGCUGGAGAUCUCCAACACCUUCCUGCAGCAGUACGUCCAGUACCUGCAGAGCAUGGGCUUCAUCCUGGUCCAGGUGCGGCCGCAGUCCCCGGCCCGCAGCAUCGCUCGGGCUCGCGCCGCCAUGCUGAGCUCCAUGUCCUCGGAAGGGCGGAUGUCUUUUUCCUACGUCAAGCAGAAGAGCGAGGACAGCCCCAAGCAGACCACGGCGUCGGGCACCACGGCGUACCACCUGCAGAGGGCGCUGCCGGGGGGCAUCGUGCUGAUGGAGCUGGCUUUCCAGGGCUGUUACUUCUGUGUGAAGCAGUAUGCACUGGAGUGUUCCCGCAUCCCCAUGGGCCAGACCGUCAAUUCCCAGGGCAGCCUCCUCACCAAACCUCGUUGCAAGCCGUUUCCAGAUGCCGCCCCAGUAUCUGACUCCGCGCUCUCCAUGCUCUUCACUGAGGAGUGUGAUAAAGUGCGGGACCUGAUGCAUGUACACUCAUUCAGCUACGACUUCCACCUGCGAGUGGUUCACCAGUACCUGGUGGGCUGCCACAUGACGCUGCGCCAAGGCUACCAGCUCACCAGCUUCCUGGACGACUUCAUCUCACAUCACCCAGACAUCCCCAAGUUUGGCCGCAACCACGUCUUCCAAGGGAGCUUCUCCAUCUCCACGGGGAUGAUAACCGCUCACCAGCUCUACAACUACAUCACUGACCACGCCAGCACGUACGGCAUGAAGCCGCUGCGAAUGUCCAAGGCCUCCGUCACCGCCGACAACAAGAAAGGGACCCCGAGCGCUGACCUCCAUGAAUAUGCGCUCGUCGCUCUGUGGAACAGCUCCGGCUCUUACAAGGAUCUGGAAGGCCUGCAUCACCAUGACGACUUUGAUGUGUCCCUGCUGGUGUGCCAUAAUGCCGCUCCGUUUGAGGAGCAGUCGGAGGGGGAGAGGCAUUUGCUGAGGCUGCGGUUCUACGUGAUCAUGACCAGUCAGAGGGAGCUGUUUCCCCGGCUGACGGCAGACAUGCGGCGCUUCAAGAAGCUUCCUCAGAUCCACCGUGACCCCGCCGACCUGGGCGGCCGGCUGCCCCCGGAUCGAGCCGAGUCGCGCGGCGCCGAGCACGACCUGUGGGAGGAAACGUCAACCGAGGCCGCCGCCGUCUCGGCUCCCAGCGACGGCAACGAGUUUUACCCUCUGGUGGGGUCGUCGGGUGGCGGGACGGAGGCUCAGGGCCUGCUGUACCCCUCCCCUCUGUUCCCCCUGCUGAACAACGAGGUGGCGUCGGCCCGGAGGCAGAUCCAGGCCAGCGUGGAGCAGGCCAUGGGCCACUGCCGCAGGGACAACCUGUGGAGGAGGCUGUUCCACGGAGAGCACCUGGCCCUGGACAAGCUGAAGCUGAGCAAGCUGUCGUUCAGCGAGCUGGAGGAGCUGCUGGACGCCGUGCAGAGCCGCUCCGUGGGCGAAAUCGACCCCCAGCUGGACUGUUUCCUGACGAUGAGCCCGAGCUGGUACCAGAGUCUGAUCAAAGUCCUGCUGACCCGCUUCCCUCAGAGCUGCCGACACUUUGAUGACAACGGCAUUCAGUAUCUGGCGGUUCUGAACCAGAAGUUCACCGACUGCUUUGUCCUCGUCUUUCUGGACACCCAAGCUGGAAAAACAAGUCUGAAGGUCGUAUUUCGGGAGCCGCUGCCCUCGCAGCCGCAGGCCAGCACCAGCCCCCCGCCUCAGCUGGUGUCCAUGUACCAUCACCUGGAGUCGGUCAUCAACACGGCCUGCUACAACCUCUGGACGGGGCUGCUGUAGAGCCGGGCGCCGGCCUCAGAGCCGAGCGCGCCGCUGAAACCUGCGCCGAGGACCGGCCGGACGUGGAGAGGAGAGCGCGUCCAAACAGGGAGAAAUGUUGGGAAAACCCUGAAUUCCUGAAGAAGAAGAAAAAAAAAAAUCUCUGCAACUCUACUAAAGCACAGCAAGUUCUCUCGCCGCUGACUGAAAACAGAACCACUUGAAGUUUCGGAGUUUCCGUCGACUCGGACUUGAGGAGUCGGACGGGACAGUGAUGUUAUUUAUGCAACCCCCCCCCCCCAUGUGAUUCCCAGUGCACACAAACUCCUACUGAGCAACCUUAAGAGUGACUUGUAGUGAAAAUCUUAUUUAAAAACAGAAACACAAAGCGGGUGAGAGUGGGCGAGCGUUCUGAAGCCUUACGACGAUACACAAGUGCUGACCGCCCGACGGGCCCCCGCGCCCGGAGGAACGUCCCCGAAAGGCUCCGACGAAGCCUGGACACGGGCGAAUACUGUGUUCUUUCAUACGCUUGCUCAAGAGCACGCGGGCGAGGAAAGCAUUUAGGCGGAGAAGCCACUGCCACGCUCGUCCGACAGCCCCGACGAGUCGAGUCGCCGACUGAAACACGAGCGUUUUUUUUUGGCUGUGAUGUCACGUAAUCGCACAAACGUCACGCUCCAUCGCUUCCUCAUGCAGUAGGUUGUCUUGGAUCUCGUGCCUUCUGAUAGCCUUUGCUAGCUACUCAUGCUAUGUUGUUUUUAUUUUUAUUUUUUGUUUUUUUUGCAAGAGAGAGAGAAAGCGAGAGAGAGAGAGAGAGAGAGAGGGAGUGCUGGGACGUCGGUCUGCAGUGUUGGAUGAGUUUUAUGUUGCAUUUUCAAAAGUGUCAAACCUGCUACCCACUUUAACCCCACUGCCAUCUCUGGAGCCCUGAAGUGCCUUUCUUGGUUUGUUUUAUGUUUUUUUUUUUCUUUUUUUCUUUUUUUGUAUGAAGACAGUGUGUUUUUUUUUUUUUUUUUUUUUCCAUCAGCUUUGCAGAGGAAAUCUCUGGAAACACAGACUCCUGACGUUACGCAACUGAAGUGCCUGAGUCAGUUUGGGAAAUGUGAACAAAAAAUGAAAAAAAAACAACAAAAAAAACAAAAAAAAUUGGAGAGACAUUUGGGAGUCGCUCAGUGUUCUUAUCAGCGAUUAUAACCGUCGCCUGUUGUUUUCGCCGUCUAAAACGAACGUGAGAUAAAAAUCAUGUUCUCCCAUUACCUCUGCCUUUCACCGACGAGUUAAGGAAGAUCAUGAAAUUUUGACGAUUUGCAGAACAGCGUGCCACGUGGCGUCAGUGAAGAGCAGGAACGUGCAGGAGCGUCUUCGACUCGCGCUGCGUUUUCCUGGAAGCUCGCGGCGGACGAUCGGGGCGCAGGAGCCAGAAAAAAGACUCCGGAUUCGCCGUCAAAACAAACAGAAGGCGCGCGAGGAGCCGAUCUCCGUUAAUGACUCGUGAAAGAGCCGUAUGCCCGCGACACGUUUUCACUGGAAGGAAACCAAACACUGACAUGUUGAAGUUCUCUGUUGAUGUGAAAUGAAGGAGAAACGGGACAGAAUAAUAAUGAUAAUAAAGGAUUCAGUCGUUUGAAUGUUGAAACACUGGAUAGUGAUCAUGCAAAAUGUGAACUGUGAGGAUAGUUAGCUCCCCCCCCUUUGGCAUUUUCAAACUGUAAUAUCAAUAUUGCACUGUCUGUAAUUGCAUUAUGUAUACUAUGUAUAUAUAGAUCAAUUUGUAUGUAUGAAAAAUGCUAAAUAAAUCAGUGCUAAUAAUGAGGA